AUGGUACGACAUGGUGAGAAAAGUUACAGGUGUCAUAUAUGUAGUAAAGGCUUCUAUCGCAUUGAUGAGCUGAAGCACCAUAUUCAGAAUGUACAUGAGGCUAAGUCCGGAAACUUACACAUAUGUGACGUUUGUGGGAAGAUGUAUAAAAAUAAAUCGGGUCUUCUGGUCCACCAUCAGUAUAAACAUGGCAACGACCCGAAGAAUGACCUAACGUGUAAGGUGUGCGAUAAAAUGUUAUCGUGUCGGAAGAAACGGAUGGAACAUGAGCGGAGGCACGUUGAAGGGUUCAAGUUCACAGAAUGUGAUAAAUGUGGACGAAAGUUCAAGAAUAUAGAGGAGCACAAGUGGUCCUGUUCUCAAGAGCCGUGUACAGAGAGACAUAACUGCGGCGACUGUGGAGCGAUGUUUUUAAGUCAGAAAUAUUUGCAAAAACAUAUGAAAGCAAAGCAUGGGUUUUCAUAUACAUGUGUUGCAUGCGGAUUGACCUUCUCUAAAAAAAAAGCUGUUAUGGACCAUGCAAGCAAUUGUUAUAACGUUGUUUUUACUGAAGUACUGGAAGAAAGUUUUACAUAG